GUGGGUGGGAAGCGAAAGGCAGUCACAAACAGUAGAUUGUUUUGACUUACCCUUGUCGGUCGGGUAGUUUACGACAAGUUUUCAACCAAUCGAACUUCUCUUUUUUAUACUAAAGAAAAAGUUUCAUCACAGUGGUCAAGUUUUUUGUAAGAACUGUCACUACACUAAACACACUAUCCCAAUCCGUCCUCCGAAAACUUUAAAUAUUCUUUCUAGACCAAGUGGUUAGUCUGAUCUUUUUCUUUUUAUUUAUUAUUACUUCGAGCUAGUGGUUUUCUUACUGACUGCCUAACAGCUGAUGGGACGGGACAUUUAUCACAUUCCGUCGUGAUUGUAAUAUAUAUAUAUAUAUAUAUUAUAUAUAUAUAUUUAUAUAUAAUCUCUAUGAUUUUUUUUAUUAAUUUACAUUUGUGAACAGUAGAAAAGAAGGAUAAACUAAAGAAAGAGAAAAGGAAAGGAAAGAAAAAGAUAGACAAAGAAAAAUACUGGACACGUGAAAAGGCUCGUAUGUUGUUUUUAUUGGACUACCAAACGAAAUAAGUGUUUAUUAAAAAGGAAAAGAAACGGAAGCACUUUUAUUAAGCAAAGUGUCCUGCUCCUCUUUAUUCACGUCACUUUUAAAAAUUUUCUGUUAUUGUUCAUGUGGUGUUUAAUUGGGUCAGAAUAGAAUUUCGGAGAAAUUUCACAGUCAUUCAACUGUAACCAUGCUGGUGCACCGCCUUGAGUUUUCAGUCAAAUGUAUCAACCCCAGUACUUAUUUUUAAAACCAGAUUCAAGAUUCACAACUAACCAACCAACCAACUCACAAAAUUAAUAAGUAAUAUACACUUCCCAGUGUAUAUAAAAGAACAAAGGAGGAAUUCUUUUUACCUCUGUUGUUUUGGCCCUCCUCAUUGAAUUGAAUUGGAUUGACUUCUUCAAUGUGCUCGUUACCUUCUAACAACUGUAAUAUCCAGAACAGUGUAGAUCAUCAGUGCUGACUGGCACUAACAAUGCAAUUCUUAUUACUUCUAUUGGGAUGUUUUUUCCUUACAAAAGGAUCAUUGUCUUCGCUCUCCUCCUUUAAGGCUGGAUAUGGAAAACUCUCCAAAAUUUCCAUAAAUUCCAAAACAAAUGACGUGUAUGUUGGUGGUGUCAAUGGAAUUUAUCAUUUAGAUCGUGAGCUGAAGGUAUUGCAAUCUUUGAAUAUCAAACCUGUGUCAAAUUCAGCUGUCAACAACACUGUAACUGUUUUAGCAAUUGAACCAAAUUUAGAAUAUCUUCUUGUUUGUGGAACAAUAAAAAAAGGAGCUUGCAGAUUUUACAAUUUGGAUGAUAUGACUACGAAAAAAGUCACCUCUGACACCCGAAAUGCAAGUCUUAUUGGAAACCAAAAAUCUGUUGUGGCAUUUUUUGAAAAAUCUCAGACAAGCGUUCCUUACAUGUAUGUUGCUAUGGCUUAUGAUGGCCGUGCAAUUUCCGAUUAUCCAUUUACAAUAUCUGAACGUAAAAUUGAAAAAAUUAAUCAAUAUCAUAAGAUUUCUUUCAGGAAUAACUUGAAAUAUGUUAAGGCUAACAGAAAUGUCCCAGUUGAGUUCAUCUAUGGGUUCAAAUAUAACAAUUUUAUUUUCUACGUUUCGGUAAGGAACAAUAAUUCAACAUACCUCCUACGAGUUUGUGAAGAAGAUGAGAAUUAUUAUUACAUUGAAAUGAAACUUCAUUGUUGGCUUAGUGACUACAAAAUUCACUAUAGCACUGCUGCUCGCUUUACCUACAUUGAAGGGAAACCAGUGCUAUUGGUGGCCUACUGGAGUGAAGAACACAAGAGAUCAGCUGUCUGUGAACAUGACAUGAUUGAGGUGAAAAGGAAAAUUAAGCAAACAAUAUCAAGUUGUAGUAAAAACAGCCAUGAAUUUCCAAAGACCUCACCUUGGAUUAUUACUAAUGAAUACUGUUCAGAAGUGGUCCACGAUGGUAUCACAGAGGAAACAUGUGGUAUUGCUAACAACGUGUACAUUUCUAAAAGAAAGCCGAUAGCAGUGACAGCUUCAUUCAAUCUAUCCACUUACAUAACUGCAAUACAACUCUAUACCUGGGAGCACCGCCCAGUUUAUCUUCUUGGAACAAUAGAUGGUCAUUUACUGAAAAUUAGAAAAACUACUAUAGAAAAUAAGUUUCACAUUGUAAUGGAUUAUGAUGUAAGUGAAGGAAGUGGUCAUCCAAUUGAAAGGGACCUUGAAUUAAUAGGGAACAAAACAGCUUAUAUGCUAAGUGGUUCUAAGGUGACUCGAUUUCCACUUGUCUCCUGUAAUGUUUAUUCAAGUUGUCGAACCUGUGUAACAGCAAACGAUGUUACAAAAUGUGGCUGGUGUAAGAAUAAGUGCACAACACACUCUGCAUGCAAGGAAAGUGCAUGGUAUCCAGAUUUCUGUAAACCUGUUAUAACAUCUAUUUAUCCAAAAUCCGGUCCAUUUGAGGGCAGAACAGUCUUGACCAUCAAAGGUGAUUAUUUCACCAAUAUAAAUGACGAAAAUGCUAUCAUUCAGGUCCAUAUCAAAGACAAAGAAUGUCUUGUACUAGAAUAUAAUGAGACAAUGAUUAAAUGCCUGACUCAGAAACAGAAAGAUAAUGUAAGCAGUAUUCACGUAACAGCAAAGGCAGUCAGUAAAGUGUCAAAUCAACCAAAUAUCAGUGGACAAAACAGCAGUGACGAAUUUUUCUAUUUCUAUAAGCCAGAAAUCUAUAAUUUUACUCCAAAAUUUGGACCCAAAUCUGGUGGCACAAGAUGUACUAUCACUGGAACCAAGCUAAAUAUUGGUUCUUCAGCAACUGUUAUGAUAAAGUCAAGAAAUUUCACAAUUGUAAAACGAACAGAUACUGAAAUCAUUGCCAAAACACCAUCAGUUGAUUAUCCAGUUCAAGGCAGUCUAAUAGUCAUUAUUGAUGGUAGUAUUAUGAAGCAAACUGACAAAUUCAACUAUACAGAAGACCCAACAAUUUCUCAUGUUAACUCAACACACAGCAUCCAAAGUGGUGGCAUAAGUAUAGAAUUCUCUGGCACAAAUUUAAAUACUGUAACAGAACCAAGGCUGAGUGGCAUUACUGUGGAAUCAAAGCAGCCGUUGUCUACAGAGCCAUGUCACUCAAACAAAGAAGGAACUUGGUUAUACUGCAAAAGUCCUAAGAUACCUGGUAGAAGUACAAAGCAAAUAAUACCUGUGGAUACUCAUUUACUCAUGGAUGGAGUUGUUGACCUCUACAACUUAUCAACAACAAAGCCAAUGAUAAGUCGAUUCCGUUACUAUCCUGAUCCUAUUAUUAAACGAUUCUCUGGAGAUAAUAAUGUCUUUGAAUAUAGUACAAGUGCAAAAGAAGUUGAAAUAAAGGGUAUGAACAUAACUCUGGUUGCUAGAUCAAAAGACAUAGACAUAACAAUUGAUGGCAGAAUUCCUUGUAAAAUCACUAAGUUGGCACUAUCUUUCAUAAAAUGUGUCCCUCAAAAUAUGCCUUCUAGAAAUGUCACCAAAAAAUUCAAAUUAAAAGUGAAGGUUAAUAUUGGCUACUUAAGUUAUGAAGUUGGCUGGUUGCUUUAUGUUGACACCAAAUCCGUCUUUGCCAGCACCACUGUCAUUGCAUUGAUUGUCGCCUUGUGUGUGAUCCUCAUCCUUAUCGCUGUCACCUGUUACUGUCUUUGGAAGAAAAAGGUAUUCUCUAAAAAACGCCAAAUCCCACAUACAGCUCGUUAUUUCAAUGGUGGUGAGGUGUCCCUUGAUGUGUUUGGUAGGUUGCUUCCAACAACAACAAAUGAGUAUACGGAGCGACAAGACUCACCUGGGGCCACAACCUAUGCCACAGGAGCUACAAGUGGAAUACCACUCAUUGAUGAGGAUACUUUUCUUCUUCUCAAAGACCAAAAACUUCUCAUACCAAAGGAAGCACUUUUGAUGAAAGAUAAAAUUGGCCAAGGACAUUUUGGUUGUGUUCACCGAGCGUUCCUCUUUAAACCUGGAGAAAAGGGAGAAAGCCUUGUUGCAGUAAAAACACUUCAUAAAGAUAACCCCCGAGAAAUUGAUGUGAAAGCAUUCUUAACAGAAGCCAUAAUUAUGAAAGACUUUGAUCAUGAAAACAUCUUAUCACUGAUUGGAAUCUGUCUUGGUAAAGACCAAAUGCCUCUUGUUGUGCUUCCAUACAUGUUACAUGGUGACCUACUAUCAUAUCUUCGAGAUGUUAACAAUCAACCAACCAUUAAAGAUCUCAUUGUCUUUGGCAUCAGUAUUGCAUCGGGGAUGGACUAUUUAUCUGGUUUAAAGUUUGUCCAUAGAGAUCUCGCAGCACGGAAUUGUAUGCUUGAUGAAAAACUUGUGGUAAAAGUUGCAGAUUUUGGUCUUUCUCGAGAUAUUUAUGAACGAGACUACUACAGCAGUGAUAAUAAGAAAUCAAAACUUCCCGUAAAAUGGAUGGCGCUAGAAAGUUUGGAAACAGGAAACUAUAACAUAAAAACAGAUGUUUGGUCAUAUGGUGUAGUUUUGUGGGAGUUGUUCACCCGAGGAGUAAACCCCUAUCCAACUGUUGAUAAUUGGGACAUGCCCAAGUUCUUAAAAUCUGGCCGCAGAAUGGACAAACCAGACUAUUGUCCUAGUAAAACGUAUGAAAUCAUGUUACGGUGCUGGCAGGUAGACCAAAACUUAAGGCCUGAUUUUGCAACUAUAGUAGAAGAACUUACUGAAUUAAGUCAAAUUGAAAAACAUGGAGACAUUGCCAUCAGUCAAAUAAUGUGCUAUGAGAAUGUAAAUUUUGCUUUGAAUAACAACAUCAAACCAACAGUUGUAUGAUUGGAACUAAGACAAUCAAAAUAUAACUCUCAACCAGAACAUGUGAUCUUCUGAAGUCAUAAACCCUUAUUUUUUCCCCUCAAGGACAGUAAAAUGCCUUUUGAUAUUAUUUUAACCAAGCAGUAUUUUGGGGGGUUUUUUAACGAACAUAAAAAAUUUGGUGGUUUUAAUUAUUGAAUGGCUCUUAAAUAUACAUCCCUGAAUAGAGAUUCUAUGAAAUUUGUUCCCUUACAAAUUAUCAUCUAGGAUCCUUUUCAACAAUGUAUGUGUGUGUGUGAGAGAGAGAGAGUAUGUGUGUAUUAGUAAUGUCGACCACAUCUACUGAUCUUAUUUUCUUCCCACAAGAUCUGAAGUGUGUGUGUGUGUGUGUGUUGUAGGUAUGUGCAUGAAUAUUUGUUUGCGUGUGAAUGUUCUUUUUUUUUAUUUAGACUGGGAAGAAAGAGGGUUUUCUAUGACCAUAGUUUUUGUAUAUCCACCCACCUAGACUAGAAAUGUAGACACCCAGCUUUAACUUCUGUAGAUUGAUAUCUAUAGAGAGUUUCAGAGGGCUGCAGUUCUGGGAAGAUAAGUAAUAGGCAAAUUGUUUGUUACAUGAUCUAGAAAGUGAGAUACAGUAGAAGGUGAUACAAAGAGGAAGGACUGAUUCAUCAGGUGCUCUGUUUCUCAGUAGCUACUUUCUCAGUGGCAGGAUUACAAAGAAAAAUUAGAAGAGAUUUAAAACAUAGUCAAAUAACUCAUGGUACCAAGUUCAAAUCUUGCUUGUGGUAAAAUUUGCCUUCUGUCAUUUUCUAAAAAGAACCAAAUUAUAUGAUUUGUUCAUCAGAGCAGUACAUCCAUGAUCUGAAUAGUUUAAGAUAACUGAGACAUAAAUGGGACAGCUAUGAUAUGUAAUGUUUGUGUAUUUAAAAGAGGAUUUUAUUCCUUCGUACCCCCCACUUUUUUAUUUUUUAUUUUUUUAAUCAAAUCUGCUUUCUAAACAAAUUGGUUGCUUGUUUUACCACCAGGUCACAUGUCUUGAAUUCAAACCCACUGCAGUUAUUUUGUUUUAUAACUGAAAUGAUUUCUAAUUCUAUGCACUUGAAAUAUUGUCAAGAAUAAUUAGAUUCUUUUUGGAAUGUUAUGUAUGACAGCCUGGCAUUUUUAUCUUGCAAUGAAACUGGACUUAAACAUUGUUCCUCAUGAAGGAUUUUGAUGACAAAGUAAUAUGAAGGAAAGUUGUUUGUUAAACUGUGUUAGCAAAAAUUAUAACUGUCUUUAUUCAGUUAACUAUUUCUCUAUAUAACAUAAGUGCCUUUUUUAUCUUAAUAUAAUAAGGUGAUGAAGAUGUUUUAGUUUCUACUUAUAACAUAAUUGUCUUUCUGCUUUAAUAUAGUAAUGUGAUAGAAACAGUCAAGCUAGCAGAAUGCCAGACUGGAUUUUUGACCAUAACUGUUCUUUGUUCAAAUCCUGACAAUCGCAUAUGCCUUUCAGUCUUUGGAUUCCUGCUUUUAGAUCCCUGGUAAUAAUCAGUCAUAAUAAUGCAGUUUAGCCUCUAUGAGUAAAAGUAAAGUUGCUUUCGGGGUUUUUUUAAUGCUUGAAUGUGAAAAAGACAUAACAUGAGAGAGCUGUCAAUCUCCUUGACUGACCAAGGAGUAAAGAUCUACAGACUAUAGUUGGCUCACUUCAACCGAUUUAUGUUCCCACUGCCUUGACAAAAGUUAUCAAUAUGAGUGGAAAAACUUUUAAAUGUUUUAAAGUUUAAAGUGUGAUACAGUGUUUUGAAAAAUAUAUUUUACUUAAAUUUUGAUCUUUUGGACAUUAACUGACACUCAAUGAUUUUUUUCUUCCUUGCGAAUUAUCCGAUCCUUCAACAAAGUGAAUAUAAACUAUUUCUCAACUCCAACAUAUACAUCAUCACUAUAAGCACCACCAUCAUAACCAUCACUCCUUUAUAACCACUGCUACCAUCAUCACUAUCACCACUACCAAUGUCAUUAGUCUAAUUAAUACUAUCACCUCCACUACUACUCUGUGUAAAACCAAAGGAUGUCAUAAUGAUAUUAAGUUGUUACAUGUAUAUUGAACAACAGACCUAUGAUCAAAAGCGUUCCAUCAGUGACGAACCGUUUUCCUUCCCUACCCCAAGUUCCAUGUUUCAAGGACAAAUUUAUCCCAAGUAUUUUGCAAUACAGUAGGGUAUGAUUUGAGAGAAAUAUACCUGUUAUUUCUUGCAGAUUAAGUAACAGCAGACUCGUCUAUUUUGUAUUGGUUCGUCGAAAUAGAGUUCUUUCCCUUUAAUAUCCCUUACCCUUUUUCUUUUUUUGUCUCCUUAAUUAUUAUUACUCAUUGUAGAAAAAAGAAUUCAUAUGAGGAGAUUGAUGGUUAGUAGGCUUGGUGGAACACCAGAAAAAACUAACUUUCCAUAUUAAGUUAUGUUUCCAUGUUCAAAUCUCACUAAAGCAUUUAUUCUUCUGGGGUUGAAAUAAAUACCAUCAAGAACUGAGUGUCAAUUCUGUCCACUACUUCACCCCUUCAAUAAAAUUUGGUGAAUUUGUGACAAUCUAGAAAUCCUGAUUGAUAGAAUCUGUUGUACUAUGGACAAAAUACCUUCCAGUAUUAUUCAGUAUUGCCCUUAUGCAAUUUGAGUUCAAAUCAUACCAAGGGUGAUUUGACUUUUUAUCUUUCCAGGUUAGUGAAAAUUAAUACAAGUAGUGGUGGGACUGGUUGAGUCAACAGAGUGCUCUCCCACAAAUGUGUCACCUGGCACCAUUGUUAGAAAUUGUUGUUGUCUCUUGUUGUUUUAUUCAUUUCAACUAAUUGUUUGAAUUCACAUGCUGUGUCAUUAACUGGAGUCAUGGGGUAAAUGAAAUUAUGACUAGAUUGUUACAGAUGACAUAUGUAAGAAAUAAGAAAACAAUUUGAUAUACCCUUGAUAAACACAUGAAGGUCAUACCUUUCCAUUUCUCCUCUCUUUCAGUUCUAAUAAUUGAUUUUCAUGGUAUUGCAAAAAAAAAAAUGCAAAAACAAAAUAGGCCUUUAGAGAUUUGUUACCAGCUGCUAUCAUCCGAAAGAAAAUUUUCUUUAUCAAAACAGCGUCAAAAACUUCCAGGACUUCAUCAUCAUCAUCAUCAUCGUUUAACGUCCGCUUUCCAUGCUAGCAUGGGUUGGACGAUUUGACUGAGGACUGGCAAACCAGAUGGCUACACCAGGCUCCAAUCUGAUUUGGCAGAGUUUCUACAGCUGGAUGCCCUUCCUAACGCCAACCACUCUGAGAGUAUAGUGGGUGCUUUUACGUGCCACCAGCACGAAGGCCAGUCAGGCAGUACUGGCAACGGCCAUGCUCAAAAUGGUGUAUUUUAUAUGCCACCUGCACAGGAGCCAGUCCAGCGGCACUGGCAACGAUCUCGCUCGAAUGUUUUUCCACGUGCCUGCCAGGUGAUGCUGGUAACAAAUGCCAGGAUGGUGAUGCUGGUAACAAUCACGCACCUGUACCAUUCGAAAUAUUGUGUACAACUCAUUGCCUUGACACCGUAAGCUUACUGAAGCAUGUUCAAUGUCUCCGUUGCAGACUUUCCAAGUUUAACACAAAAUUUCAUAUUGAUUCUUUGUUCCAACUUCCUGUCCAUGACAAAAAUCACAGACUAUACCAUAAACGUGAUCACAAAAAUAAAUUCCACAAUUCGCAAAAUAAACACAGUGAUGUCACUCAGCACACUGACUCUUGGAGGUCACUGCUAGCGCUUACUGCACAUGCAACCAUGUGCUGCCAUCUGUUGGCAUGCUACAGAACUAAUCCGGAAACUUCUUGAUACCACCUUAUAUACAUAUAUAAAUACUCAUCGCCCACAUCAUCAUCAUUAACAUCAUCAUUAUUAUCAUUAUUGUUAAAAGCUGAUAGACUUGAUUCAUUGUGAGAGACAUCAUUCAAAUGUAAUAUAAUUUAGACAUUAAAAGAUAAAGUAAUAACAUCUCACUGAAUCCAAUAUCAAAAGAUGAGCUGUUAAAACAGAUACAAAUGUAGGUUUACUUGCCUAGUUCCAAUUCUCCAUUUGGAGAAUCAUUAUGCUUCUCUUCAUGACUUCAAUGAAGAAUGUUUCUAAUAAUAAUAAUUUUUUUUUUUUUUAACAUUAUUACAUGAAAAGAAAUUUUCCAAAGGUCUCUCAGUUAACAAAUGAAUUUUAGAACUUUUUCUUUUUUUCUUUGUUUUUUUGUAAAUAUUUUCACCAUGAAUUGUGUUGUUGAAUGGUUUGCUCAGAUGAAGCAACUGUAAAGAAGCUCCCUCACUGAUUCGUUGUGCUUGUUUUUCUUGGUUGCUAUGAAUAUGAGGAAGGCUAACAAAAUUAUUUGUUGUUGAGUUUUUUUUUUAUAUGUGUAUAUAUAUAUAUAGUUUUAGGAAAAAGAACCAAGGUUCAUGAACUCAUCGAUGAAA